AUGGCCACCCCUAGUGUUCUCACCUUUGACGCUGAGGGUCGGGCUAUUGACUUUGAGGUCUGGGUAUAUGAUCUGCAGCUUUUCCUACAGUGCGAUACGGCAGACGGUCUCUCCAUGUUUGACCUCACUUCUGGUGCCUCUCCUGCCCCUGCUGCUGAUGCUGACGCCACUGUUCGCUCACAGUGGGCCACGCGCGAUGCUGCUGCCCGCCUUGCUAUGCGCCGCCACUUACCGACCGCUGAGCGCGCGCAUUUUAGCCAGUACAAGAGUGCUAAGACCUUGUACGAUGCUGUAGUUGCACGCUACUCUUCCCCUGCCACUACUGCUCUUAGCCGCCUCAUCGUGCCGUACCUCUUCCCUAACCUCGCCGCUUUUCCCACAGUCGCUGACCUCGUUACGCACCUUUGCACUAGUGACAUUCGCUACCGUGCUGCGCUUCCUGCUGAGGGCCACUUCCUCUCUGUUUGCCCCACCACACUCACCGUUGACCUCCUCGAGGAGCGCCUCCUAGCAGUAGAGAAAAGUAUAGUCGCUGUAGGAGCCUCUCGUGGUGACCCUCGUACCCCUGUCUUUGAGGGGUGCUCCCCCUCCCCCCUCUGGCCGACUGUUUCCUCUGCUGCUGCGGUCGACCUUGUUGGUCUUGAGUCGAUCGGCGCACCGUCUGCCCCUAGCGGGAGACGCCGCCCAGGCAAGGGCAAGGGGGGCAAGGGCGCUAGAGGAGCUGGCGGGGGCGGUGGAGGCGGUGGUGGAGGCGACGGAGGGGUUGGGGGUGGCGGUGGGAGUGGUGGCGGGGGUGGGGGCGCGAGUGGCGGCAGUGGAGGCGGAGGAGGCGGCGGUGGUGGCGGUGCGGGCGGAGGUGGCGGAGGUGGAGGCGGUGGUU